AUGUCUUCCUUGUCAAGUUUAUUACUCGUUGCACUGGCUAUUGUAUCGUUCUACAGUGUGUCUACAGUAGUUGUGACGUACACAGCCACAUUUGAACCAUGUGUUCAAGGAUUAACUUGUCCUGAAGGAAAUCCAUCGCGAUUCAAUCAUACUUUCGCUUUAAAUGGUACUCUUAGUCCAAAUGUGAGUCUUCAAGUCGGUGAUGCAUUGAGAUUCGAUUUACAGACAGAUGUUCCAAUUCAUCCACUCACCAUUUGCCGAAAUAGUCCAAUACCUAAAUUCUGCCAAGAUGCCAAUGGAACGGAUGUGUUAAACAUUCCAAUAACUAAGGCAGGUGAAUCAACUGUUGCUAUUUUUACCCGACCUGGUACUUUUUUUUAUGGUUGCAAUUAUCAUCCUGGCAUGGGUGCUUUUGUCAAUGUUACCAGACCAUCAUCUUUACAUAAACUAUUCAAACACGUUUAA